GCCGAAGACACAUUCCUCCGAAUUCAUUGGCCAUUGGCCUCGCAUAUCAUCUCGACUUGCUCUAUAUUAGCCAGGAGCACAGGCCGAUAUUGUUCUGUGUUUGAUCUCCGAGAUUCGAAUCUAUUUUUUUUUUUUUGUUGAGCGUACCAAGUGCGUGACCGUCCAACCAACAUCAUGUUCAAACGACCGUCAUGUUUACAAGGCCGGCGGCAUGGUGACAACCAUGGUGAUUGGUCCGCCUUUCCUGUACGCCAGCUCUUUGUGCUAGCAUUAUGUCGCAUCUGCGAGCCAAUCGCAUUCAUGUCGAUAUUCCCCUACGUCUACCGGAUGGUCGAAGCAUUCCACGUGACCGACAAUGAUCGCAAGAUUGCUCUGUAUGCCGGCAUGAUUACUUCCGCCUUUACCUUUGCAGAAUUCUCUGCCGGCAUGUUCUGGGGUCGGAUGAGUGACAAGAUUGGCCGGAAGCCAGUUCUAGUCAUGGGCUUGAUUGGAACGGCUAUCAGUAUGAUCGUCUUCGGAUUCGCUCCCAACCUGGCCACCGCCAUGGUCGCCCGGGCCCUGGGAGGACUGUUGAAUGGCAAUAUUGGCGUGCUUCAAACCACCGUUGCGGAAAUCGUUACCGUCAAGGAGCACCAACCACGGGCAUACUCGAUCAUGCCGUUCGUCUGGUGUCUGGGGUCGAUCAUCGGACCCGCUAUGGGCGGUGCGUUGGCACAACCAUGCGACAAUUAUCCUUGGUUAUUCCAGCGUGACACCAUCUUCGAUCGCUUCCCGUUUCUGCUGCCCAACCUGGUCUGCGUUGUCGUCCUGGUGUCCGGAAUCGUCGUUGGCUUGUUGUUCUUGGAAGAGACCCAUCCGGAGAAGAAGCACCGCCGCGAUCGCGGCCUGGAGUUGGGCAAUUGGCUGGUUGGCAAAGUCUGGGGUUCUUCCGAACAGCUUCCCGAGGGCCCGGACGCCAAAGCGGAAUUGGCCGGAGACGAGUACUACGACUACGACGACGAUGUCCCGCCCCCGGAGUAUAGGAGCACCGAAAGUUCGCCUCGCCUGAGCCCAGUGAAGGAGUCGGACAACCUGUCGGCGGAUGACGACAUUGAGGGGCAGAUGAAGGGCGAGCCGUGCGGCGUGCCCAAGGCCUUCACCAGGCAAGUCAUCUUCAACAUUGUCGCCUACGGCAUUCUUGCAUACCACAGUGUCUCGUUCGACCAACUCAUGCCCGUCUUCCUCAGCACUCCCAGGUCCGACGGAGAUGUUGAUCUGCCUUUCAAGUUCACGGGUGGUCUGGGAAUGGCUACGAAGAAGAUCGGGUUCAUGCUUGCAGUCCAGGGUGUUUAUUCCAUGAUCGCCCAGCUCUGGCUGUUCCCCUUUGUCGUUCGUCAUUUUGGCACCUUGCGGGUGUUCCGCUUCGUCCUGCUUGUGUGGCCACCGCUCUAUCUCAUGGUUCCGUACCUCAUCCUCCUUCCCGAACAGCUUCAGACCGCCGCGGCAUAUGUCGCUUUGAUCAGUAAGAUCACGCUUCACGUCAUCGCCUUCCCUGCCACUGCUAUUCUCCUCGCCAACGCUGCCCCAUCCUCCAAAGUGCUUGGAUCCAUCAACGGCGCAGCCGCCUCCACAGCCAGUCUGAGCCGCGCUUUUGGCCCAACGAUCACUGGCCUGCUUCACUCGAAGGGCCUUGAGAGUGGGUACUCGGUGCUAGCAUGGUGGGCGUGUGGAAUCGUCUGCAUCCUUGGCGCCAUUGAAAGCUUCUGGAUGGAGGAAUCGGAGCCAGAGAAGGGCGUGGCGGAGAAGAAGGACGAGUGCGAUGGCCCGACUUCAACCCGGGAUUCACUGCGGGGCUCCUUCACUGCAGGCAAGGAGGACGGCACCGCAGAGGAAGUGCGGAGAUUGCUCUCUUCGGCGCGCACCAGCCUUGAUGACUUGGACGUCCCCCACGUGGACUUAAUGCACGCCAACCUGAACGCAACUUCUGAGCCUGAACCCGAUACAUCCAGGCUUGACGAAUAGACCUUGUGCUAUUUGUGUUUUAUUAUCUAGGGAGGUUCUAUCGCUUCUCCUGUUUUGCUGGGCGGUUAAUUUUCCGUUGUUUGGAUUCGCAUUGCCUUGCCGUUGCCAUUUCAUUUUCCGCUUUCUCUUUUUUCUCUGUUUCGGUCCGUUUUGGAUCAUCGUCGGUGGUACAGCCUGAUCUUUCUGUUUUCGCACCAUGAUUUUCCUUUCUCUCAUCAUGUUUUAGAUUAUGAUUUCAGGAUUGGGUUGAUGGCGCAGUGUAUAGACUCGGUGCAUAUGUGACAAAAGCAUGAGGGCU